CCGAGGAGGGAGAUCUGAGCGGCGGCGGCGAUCGCCCCGAUCUGAGCAAAGUGGCCAUGGAUGACCUGGGGGAAAACACCACUGUGCUGUCCACGCUGCGGUCUUUGAACAACUUCAUCUCUCAGCGGGUGGAGGCUGGGUCCGGCCUGGAUGCUGUCACCUCCGCCCCAGGUUCUCUGCAGACACAGUAUCAGCAGAGCAUGCAGCUGGAGGAACGAGCGGAGCGGAUCCGUUCCAAGUCCCAGGUGGUCCAGGUGGAGCGGGAGAAGAUGCAGAUGGAGCUGAGCCACAAGAGGGCACGAGUGGAGCUGGAGCGGGCGGCCAGCACCAGUGCCAGGUGCUACGAGCGCGAGGUGGACCGCAACCAGGAGCUGUUGACGCGCAUUCGGCAGCUACAGGAGCGGGAGGCUGAGGCGGAGGAGAAGAUGAAGGAGCAGCUGGAGCGCCAUAGGCUGUGUGAGCAGAGCCUGGCCGCUGCUGGCCAGAAGCUGCGGGAGAAGGAGGACGGCCUGGCUGCGGCCGGGGAGACCAUCAGCACGCUGAAGGGGAGGGUCUCCGAGUUGCAGUGGAGCGUGAUGAACCAGGAGAUGCAGGUGAAGAGCCUGGAGUCUGAGAAGCAAGAGCUCAAGGAGCAGCUGGCCUUGCAGCACAAGAAAUGUCAGGAGGCUAAUCAGAAGGUUCAGGAGCUCCAGGCCAGCCAGGAAGCCAGGGCCGACCAGGAGCAGAGGAUCAGGGAUCUGGAGCAGAAGCUGUCCCUGCAGGAACAGGAUGCCGCAGUCGUGAAGAAUAUGAAGUCGGAGCUGGUGCGGCUGCCCAAGCUGGAGAGGGAGCUGAAGCAGCUGCGGGAGGAGAGCGCCUACCUGCGGGAGAUGCGGGAGACCAACGGGCUGCUCCGGGAGGAGCUGGAGGGGCUGCGGCGGCGGCUGGGACGCCAGGAGAAGUUGCAGGAAAGUCUGGUCGUCCUGGAGCUGGAGAAGGAGAAGCUGCUGGCAAAGCUGCAGAGCUGGGAGCGGCUGGAGCAGACCACGGGCUUGAGCAUCAGAACCCCGGAAGACCUGUCCAGGUUUGUUGUUGAGCUGCAGCAGCGGGAGCUGGCCUUGCAGGACCGGAACAACACCAUCACCACCAGCGCCCGCGGGCUGGAGAAGGCUCGGCAGCAGCUCCAGGAGGAGGUCCGCCAGGUCAGCAGCCAGCUGCUGGAGGAGAGGAAGAAGCGGGAGACGCAGGAGGCCUUGGCGCGGAGACUCCAGAAGCGGGUCCUGCUGCUGACGAAGGAGCGGGACGGCAUGCGCGCCAUCCUGGGUUCCUACGACAGUGAGCUGACUGCGGCCGAGUACUCGCCCCAGCUGACGCGUCGCAUGCGUGAGGCCGAGGACAUGGUGCAGAAAGUGCACGCGCACAACUCGGAGAUGGAGGCUCAGCUGUCACAGGCCCUGGAGGAGCUGGGAGGCCAGAAGCAACGAGCAGACAUGCUGGAGAUGGAGGUGAAGAUGCUGCAGUCCCAGUCCAGCGCUGCCGAGCAGAGCUUCCCGCUGUCCAGGGAGGAGGCCAGCUCACUCCGGUUGAAGAUUGAGGAACUGGAAGGGGAGCGCAGUCGUCUGGAAGAAGACAAGAAGAUGCUGGAAAUGCAGCUCGAGCGGUUCACCCUGCAGGGUGGCUACGACCAGAGCAGGACCAAAGUGCUGCACAUGAGCAUGAACCCGGCCAGCGCAGCCAAGCAGCGGCUCCGCGAGGACCAGGCCCGGCUGCAGGAGGAGUGUGAGCAGCUGCGGGAGCUCGUGCGCGCCCUGGAGCGAGGCGGCCCUGUCCCCGCUGACCUGGAGGCUGCCGCAAGUCUGCCUUCGUCCAAGGAACUAACAGAGCUGAGGAAGCAGGUGGAGAGCGCCGAGUUGAAGAACCAGCGGCUCAAGGAGGUCUUUCAGACUAAGAUCCAGGAGUUCCGAAAAGUCUGCUAUGCGCUCACGGGCUACCAGAUUGACAUCACGACAGAGAACCAGUACCGGCUGACGUCCAUGUAUGCCGAGCACAAAGCCGACUGCCUCAUCUUCAAGGCCACGGGACCAUCGGGCGCCAAGAUGCAGCUGCUGGAGACGGCGUUCUCGAGCUCUGUGCAGGAGCUCAUCGAGCUGCACCUGCUGCGGCAAGACAGCAUCCCGGCCUUCCUCAGUGCCCUCACCCUCGACCUCUUCAGCCGCCAGACCGUGGCCUAGCCUGCACCCAACCCCCGGCGGCAGCCGACCAGUCAGCUCCACGGGGGAGGCAGGCAGCCACUCCCCCGACACCCCCAGUCCAGCUCCGGGGCCACACACUGGCCCUCCUCCCAGGAGCCCUGUGGGUGUCCCCUGGAGCCAGCGGGGGGCCGAGCUGCCAGAGGGACAGAGGAAUCCACCCUCCCCCUCCCCCAGUACGUGCACUGUGGCAGGUCCAGGUGAGGCCUGGGGGCCGUGUGGCCUCCCCUCCCCAGUGUGGGCUGCUGGCCAACAUCCCUGCUCCUCAUGAAAUAAAUUUUGCUCCUUGGCCA